AAAGUUCAAUUAUCUUAAAACAGGAUUGGCAACAACAGUACUCCGUACAACACUGUGACCAAGGAAUCGGGCUUUAGGGAUCCCUAUGUCCAGUACCACCACCUCGCCUCCGCCGCCGGCCGCCGGGGACCAUCCCCGCGUUCUGCUCCGAGGUUUCCUCUCCCGUGAGACAUGCAAGGAGCUGGAGUUCGUGCACCGGAGCUGCGGCGCAGCGGGGUACCGCCCCUCGGUGAUAUCGACAUCUCUGCCGCACCUGGCGGCCACCGGCUGCGGCCACCUCCUGCUCCCGUUCGUGCCCGUCCGCGAGCGCCUCCGCGACGCUGUGGAGUCCUUCUUCGAUUGCCACUUCGAUCUCUUCAUCGAGUUCACCGGGCUUAUCAGUUGGUGCAAGGGAGCUUCUAUUGGAUGGCACAGUGAUGACAACAAGCCUUAUCUUAGGCAAAGGGCAUUCACAGCAGUUUGCUACUUGAACAAUCAUGGAGAGGACUAUAAGGGUGGAAUUUUGCAGUUUCAGGAUGGUGAUCCUUCCUGUAUUGUUCCAGUUGCUGGUGAUGUUGUCAUAUACACGGCUGAUACUCGUAAUGUUCAUUGUGUAAAUGAGGUAACUGAAGGGGAAAGGUUGACCCUGACUCUUUGGUUCACUAGAGACCGUGCUUAUGAUGAGGAUCCAAAACUUCUUAACUUUCUGUCUCAGACAUCAUUGAGCUGUGAACCAACUGAGCAAAAUUCUUAUAUUCCUGUACCAGCUUCUGAUAACAUGUAUCGCUUUUCUUGUGAUCAGUCUGGUUUUGACAUACGAUGUGCUAGAGUGCAUAUUCUGGGGUUUAGUUUUCACUCAAGUAGUGGUGAAUGCAAUAUAUCUGCGUCACCAGCUGAAGAUGACCCAAUAGAGUUGCUUGGAAAGCAACUGCGGCUCGGGAGGGGAGAUGAUGUCUUUGAGAAAAUAUUUUCUAACAGCUUACAUGCUCUUCAGGUGGUGCAAUUCUACUACUGGAAAAAACAUGAGCUGGCAGCAAGGAGGGAACAAAGUGUUGUUAGUUCAGGAACAGUCUGCUGUCCAGUUACACAUCAUUCAAAAGGAACAGAAUUACCAUUACCAUGCAAUCACGCACUUGCACAAACUAUAUUUGGAUCAUAUAAUACUGAGGAGAUUGUCCAGUGGAAUGAUUUUGCAUUAGCUGUUGCUAUGUGGGAAAAAUAUUCAGAAGAGUUAAAGAAACAGUUGUUGACAUUUUUGCCAUAUUGGUUGUCCAAUGAAACCAUUUAUGUUGUUGAUACCUCUGAGCUGCAGAGAGCCGAACCAAUCUAACUCUCCAAUGGUGAUUUGGACUGCCUCAUUCUUAUGCGACAUAGCUGUGGCGUAGAUAUGUUUCUCUCAAGCUCCACUGGGAAUACUGGUACAAUAUAUUUCCAUCAGCAUCGUAGAAGGUGAAUUCAGCUUGGUCCUGGUAUAGCUGGAUGGACAUGACCCUUGCCCAUCAUAAAAGAACUUGAGCUUGUUUUCAUUUGGCUGGAAGAAUCCUCUCCAUGCUCUUGAACGGUCUCUGCUUGUGAAGUAUUGAAUUGGACUCUAAAGGCGGAGCAUGUAAGCUUAUAUGGGUAAGACCACUGCACCUAAUGCAGUGAUCAUGCCCAUUGAUGUAGAAGAAGUCGAUGCUGUUGAUCUGGAAUGGACUAAACUUAUUAUCAAAAGAUGCUUUUUUUUUUGUAUUUUGGAGGCUAAUAUUGUGGCUGCUUCCGAGCAACCUUGGGCCUUGUUGUUUGGUUAGAAGAGGAUUGAGGGGGAUUUGUUACUUCGCGCUGUUAAAAAACAUUAUACUUUGCGCUCUACUGAAAGGGCAGCAAACAAAGACGUCGUGUAUGCCAUAUGCUCCUUGCCUGUGAAAAAAGAAAAUAAAGUUUGUACGGUCCAGUGUUUAGUCUA